AUGGCUUCUGCUUCGACGUCCACGGCCGCCUCCGGGUACGCCGCGAACCCGUGGUUUGGCAUUGAGAUCGAAAUCUUCGUCAAGCUUAGGGAUAGCGUCAAAAAAACAGUCAAGGACAGGAUAAAGAACCGGAAGAGAGUGUCCAAGUUCUUCGAGAAGUGGCAGUUUGACCUCCCCAAUUCCGAAGGCAACCUGGACAAGAAGGAUAAACAGCGCAAAUACGUUGGCCAAGCCAUCGAGGCGAUCCUUGACCAGACCUUUGGCGACGGGCAUGGCUGGAAAUGCACGGCCGACGCAAGCUUGAAGGAAUACAAGCUGACGUUGCCGCCCAAACCUCGCGAAUGGUGGGGCAUCGAGAUCAUCUCGCCACCGGUGUCCAUAAGCAGCAACUGGCAGACGGCAAUCGAACAGGUCUUCAAGUCCGUCACGGACACUUUCAACCUCUGGACCAACGAUUUCUGCGCCACCCACGUGCACGUCUCGGUUGGCCCGGGCAGGAAGGCCGCGUACACCCUGGAGCAACUGAUGCAGGUCGCCAGGGGCGCCUAUUUCUUUGAAAGCCCCUUGAGACAACUCCUGCCGUAUGAGCGCAGGGAGAACAGGUAUGCGAUGGCCAACUGGCGCUUUCUUGGGACGGGCGAGUAUUGGAACGUGGGCGAGGCCGGCUGGGCGCCCGUGUGGAACAGAAUCGCCCUCGCGGGACGGUCAGGGAAGGCCGUCGAGUUCGCCAAGGCCAUGACGGUGGCAGAGGCCGACCCCAAUGCCAAUCCCAGGUACAGGUCAACCAGUUUCAACCCCUACGAGAGGCUCAAGACCAUCGAGCUCCGUCGGCAGGCCGGUGUCGCCUCGGCCAAGACGGCCAUCCGCCGCGUGCUUCUUGCCGUCACCCUGAAUGUUGCCUCCUUGGAGUACGACUUCGUCGCGGCCGGUCAGAAGCUGGGGAAGACGCAUUUGACCGUGCCCGACUUGAUCAGCAUAUUAAUAACUACCCUCAACACCCGACUCCCUGGUACCUGCCAAGGCGCCGCUUUUAAGACCUGGCUCGAGGAUUGUCACAGGAACUACGCGAAUGAUGACACGGUGAGGAGGUUCGACGAGGUGACCAUCAACGAGCGCGAGAAGAACUACCGCAUCUACGGCCAGGCCAACCGGCACCUACACCGAGGCCCGACGUGCGCUACACGCCGACCGCCGGACAACCCCACGAGGCACCAGCAACAACGGGUACACCCGGCCGGCUCUGAGUCCCUUGUCGGUCUGUUUGGGUUCAGUACCUAG